UCCCAGCCAGAGAGCUUCUCAUUGUACCUGAACUGCUGUGGAAAGUCUAGAAAGAUGACAUCGGAGACCAAACAGUCAAUUUUUAAAGGAGUGAAUCUCAACUGUGAGACAAACAACACAGAACAUGGCACCAAAAAAAUCUCAAAGGAUCAGCUGAUUGUGAGGCGAGGCCAGCGGUUCACCGUGAAAGUUGAACUGACACAGCCGUUCAACCCCAAUCUUUACCCGCUCACCUUUACAGCAGUAACAGGAGAAAAUCCAUCUGAGGACCUGGGAACAAAGUCAUGCUUUGGUAUGCCAGACAGAAUCCAGCGUUCGCCAUCAGCAAAGGCAGUGUGGAAAGUGGAGCUAGAGAAGGGAUCCAACCCACCAACAGGCUCCUUGAAUUUGACCAUUACCCCCCCAGCUGACACUCCAAUCGGAAAGUACAACUUAACUGCCAGACAUAGGGAUGAGGAAAUAUUGUUGGCAGAACUGGUUGUGCUCUUCAAUCCCUGGUGUUCUGAUGAUUCAGUGUUUAUGCAGGAUGAGAAAGAGAGACAGGAGUUUGUGAUGAAUGAACGUGGUAUAAUCUACAAAGGAAGUGGGAACUACAUCACAUCUAUUAACUGGGACUUUGGGCAGUUUGAAGAGGACAUGAUGAAGAUUUGUCUUAAGAUGUUAGAUGUCAACCCCAAACACCUGGCAAAUGCAGCUAAUGACGUUUCUGCUCGCUGUAACCCCAUCUACGUCAGCCGUGUGGUCAGCGCCAUGAUCAACAGUAUUGAUGACUGUGGUGUCCUGGAGGGACGGUGGUCAGCUCCAUUCUGGGGUGGAACUAUACCCUCUCACUGGUCUGGCAGCUAUCCCAUCCUCAAACGUUGGUAUAACAUCGGCUGCCACCCAGUCAAAUAUGGACAGUGCUGGGUAUUUGCAGGAGUGAUGUGUUCAGUAAUGCGUCUGCUGGGCAUCCCAUGCCGUGUGGUCACCAACUACCAGUCAGCUCACGACAGCAACAAGAAUCUGAUCAUUGAUGUGUACCAUGCUGACUAUGGAGUGAGAGAGAAAGAGACCAAGGACAGUGUCUGGAACUAUCAUGUCUGGUUAGAGUGCUGGAUGAGGCGAACUGACCUGGGAAAAGAUGGUAAAUAUGACGGCUGGCAAGUUCUGGAUCCAACGCCACAGGAGAAGAGCGAUGGUGCAUACUGCUGCGGUCCAGCCUCAGUCAAAGCCAUCCUGAAUGGAGAAACCGAUCUAAAAUAUGAUGCCCCAUUUGUUUAUGCUAUGGUCAAUGCUGACUGCAUUGACUGGCUGUGUAAAGCUGAUGGCACAAUGGUGAAUAUUUUCUCUGACACCAAGAGAAUCGGACAGAAUAUCUCCACCAAGGCUGUUGGCUCCAACACAAGGCUGGACAUCACAGACAGCUACAAGUACAAGGAAGGGUCUAAUGAGGAGAGAACUGUAUUUAGAUAUGCCCUCACCAGAGAUUACUCCAGAGAUGAAGAGGAAAAGAACAAUAGAGGGACAAAUAAUCCAAUCCAGAAUGGAGGAACAACAAGUGGAACUGGGAAUGUUAAUGGUCCAGUGAGACUGAACCAAAGGACAGUUGCUGAAGUAGUUUUCAUGAACCCAAUCAACAAGAUGCUGACGGACUGCACUCUGACUAUCUCUGGAAGUGGUCUAAUGGAUGGGGAGGAAAAAUGCAUACUUCCAAAUCUGAGGCCAAGCAACAGGAUACGUAUCCAGUUGCCCUUUUUUCCAAAGAAGACUGGAAAGAAAACUCUCAUGGCUGACUUUGACUGCUCCUCCUUCAGAGACCUGAAGUGCACCUGCACUUUCGAUGUCCUACCAUAAAACCUACCAGUUUAUUUCAGGCUUAUAAUUCAUUCAUUCAUUUUUACACA